ACUUUUGCCUUAACAAGAGUUUAACACUCUCUCAACUAUAUGCAUUCAUAAUCUGUCUUGUGUGUGCUGUUUUCUCUUAAUACAUGGAUAUGGCUAUGGCUUCUUCUUCAUCCUUUGAUGGCUCUGGUCUGAAAAAAUAUGAUGUUUUUAUCAGCUUUCGAGGUGACGACACACGGGCUGGUUUCACAAGCCAUCUUCACGCUGCAUUGUGCCGAAGCAACUUUCAUACAUACAUAGACUACAGGAUCGAAAAAGGAGAUGAAGUUUGGGGAGAACUUCAGAAAGCAAUCAAUGAAUCCACUCUUUUUCUUGUCGUGUUCUCAGAGAACUACGCAUUUUCAACAUGGUGUUUGAACGAACUAGUUCAAAUAAUGGAGUGUAGCAACAACAAUGAAAAUGAUAACGUUGUUGUUAUUCCUGUGUUCUACCAUGUUGACCCUUCACAUGUUCGGAAGCAGACUGGCAGUUACGGCACUGCUUUGGCAAAACACAUUGACCAUAAGAUGUUGCAAAAUUGGAAGAAUGCUCUUUUCGAAGCAUCUAAUUUAUCUGGAUUCCAUUCUACCACAUACAGGACUGAAUCUGACUUGAUUGAAGACAUUAUCAGAGUUGUAUUAGGAAAAUUAAAUCACCGGUACGCAAUUGAACUUACAUAUAGUUUCAUACUCGAUGAAAAUUACUGGAGCAUUAAAUCUUUAAUAAAAAUUGAUUCAUCAGAAGUUCAAAUCAUUGGAGUUUGGGGAAUGGGGGGCACAGGCAAGACAACCCUUGCUGCUGCCAUGUUUCAAAGAGUCUCUUCUCACUAUGAAGGCCAUUGCUUCUUAGAAAAUGUGACAGAACAAUCAGAAAAGCAUGGAAUCAAUGACACAUGCAACAAACUUCUUUCCAAGUUACUAGGGGAAGACCUUGAUAUUACCACUCUCAAAGUAAUACCAUCCAUGAUCAGGAGAAGACUCAAACGCAUGAAAUCUUUCAUUGUACUAGAUGACGUACAUACCUCGGAACUUCUACAAAACUUGAUUGGAGUGGGACAUGGUUGGUUAGGAGCUGGUAGCACAGUCAUUGUGACGACUAGGGAUAAGCAUGUGCUGAUAAGUGGAGGAAUUGAAGAAAUUUAUGAAGUUAAGAAGAUGAACUCCCAAAAUUCCCUCCAGCUUUUCUGCUUGAAUGCUUUUGACACUGUCUUCCCUAAGGAGGGAUUUGUGGAGCUCUCAAAAAGAGCGAUUGAUUACGCCAAAGGCAUCCCUUUAGCUCUGAAAGUUUUGGGAUCAUCACUUCGUUGCAAAAGUGAAAUAGAAUGGAAUUGUGCACUGUCUAAACUGGAGAAAAUUUCCAAUGCCGAAAUUGAUAGGAUACUAAGAUGGAGUUAUAAUGAAUUGGAUGAUAAAGAGAAAAAUAUAUUUUUGGACAUUGCAUGCUUUUUCAAAGGGCGUGAAAGGAAUAGCGUGACAAAAAUAUUAAAUGACUGUGGUUUCUUUGCUGAUAUAGGGAUAAGUCAUCUUUUAGACAAGGCUCUUAUAAGAGUUGACUAUAAAAAUUUCAUACAAAUGCAUGACUUGAUACAGGAAAUGGGAAGACAAAUUGUUCGUGAAGAAUCUCUUAAGAAUCCUGGACAACGCAGUAGAUUAUGUGAUCCUAAGGAAGUUUUUGAUGUAUUGAAAAAUAAUAGAGGAUCUGAGAUUAUUGAAGCCAUAUUUUUAGAUGCUACUGAAUAUACACAUAUAAAUUUAAACCCUAAAGCAUUUGAAAAAAUGGUAAAUCUAAGGCUACUUGCUUUUCGAGACCACAAGGGAGUCAAAUCUGUAAGCCUUCCACAUGGUCUUGACUCAUUGCCAGAAACUUUGAGAUACUUUUUGUGGGAUGGAUACCCUUGGAAAUCUCUGCCGCCAACUUUUUGUGCCGAAAUGCUUGUGGAGCUUUCCAUGCAAGAAAGCCAUGUGGAAAAACUUUGGAAUGGAGUACUGGAUAUGCCAAAUUUAGAGGUACUUGAUCUCGGUCGCUCCAGAAAGCUGAUAGAGUGUCCAAAUGUGUCUGGUUCCCCAAAUCUAAAAUAUGUCACACUUGAAGAUUGUGAAAGCAUGCCUGAAGUCGAUUCAUCAAUUUUCCUUCUGCAAAAGCUUGAAAGAUUAAGCGUGUUAGGAUGUACGUCGCUUAAGAGCCUUUCCAGUAACACUUGUUCUCCAGCCUUCCGUGAAUUGAAUGCUAUGUUUUGCGACAAUCUCAAAGAUAUCUCAGUCACAUUUGCUUCCGUUGAUGGUUUGGUUUUGUUUUUGACAGAAUGGGAUGGGAAUGAACUUCCAUCAUCAAUAUUGCAUAAAAAAAAUCUUACAAGGUUAGUCUUUCCUAUCAGUGAUUGUCUUGUGGAUCUUCCUGAAAACUUUUCCGACGAAAUUUGGCUUAUGAGUCAACGGAGUUGUGAACACGACCCUUUCAUAACUUUACAUAAAGUACUUCCUAGUCCUGCCUUCCAGAGUGUAAAAAGGUUAAUUUUUUCCCAUGCUCCUUUGUUGUCUGAAAUCCCAAGCAAUAUCUCGUUACUAUCGUCAUUAGACUCUUUAACACUGUCUGGUUUAAUCAUCAGAAGCUUGCCUGAAACCAUCAGGUAUCUUCCCCAACUGAAACGUCUGGAUGUUUUGAACUGUAAAAUGCUUCAAUCUAUUCCACCGCUUUCAAAGCACGUUUGUUUUUUUAUGUUAUGGAAUUGUGAAUCGCUUGAGAAAGUGUUGAGUUUGAGUGAACCAGCUGAGAAACCUAGGUGUGGUUUUCUGCUCCUUAACUGCAUAAAAUUGGAUCCACAUUCAUACCAAACAGUUUUAAACGAUGCUAUGGAAAGGAUUGAACUUGUAGCAAAAGUAGUUUCAGAAAAUGCAUUUGUAUGUGACAGUGCGUGGCACUUCUUACCUGCUAUGCCUGGCAUGGAAAAUUGGUUCCAUUACUCUUCUACACAAGUUUCUGUCACUCUUGAGCUUCCUUCUAAUUUGUCGGGUUUUGCCUACUACUUGGUUCUUUCUCAAGGCCGUAUGGGAUAUGGUGUAGAUUUUGGAUGUGAGUGCUUCUUGGACAAUAAUUCUGGUGAAAAAGUCUAUAUAACAAGUUUCACAAAAACCAGUUUCAUAGGUUUGUUACGUCGUUUCGAUCCAUUAAUCCACAUGAUGUCGGAUCAUUUAGUUUUUUGGUAUGAUGGAGGAAGUUGCAAGCAAAUAAUGGAAGCAUUUGAAGAAAUAAAAGCCGAUAAUGAUGUGAACAACACUAGUUACAAUCCAAAGCUUACAUUUAGAUUCUUUAUUCAUGAAAAUAUAUACGAUGAAGUAGUGAUAAAAGAGUGUGGGUUUCACUGGAUGUAUAAGGAAGAAACAGUUCCUUUAACAAUUUCUGAAUCCCAUGAUGAAGAAGAAAUUGCAUCUUCAUCGGAUUUUCAAUCCAAUGAUCAAGAAGUAAUAGUUCCUCCAGAAAAUUUUGAAUCAGAUGAUCUAGAAGAAACAAUUCCUUCAAGAAACAAAUUAAAGCUAGGCAUGUUUGGAACUCUGCCAUCAAAUCUAGAAUUAGACGAAACAUGUGAUUUGAGAUGUUCGCUUGAAGAGCUCAUGCAUAUUGGAUUUUUUGGAGAUCACAUGAACACUUUGUUUGGUUCCACAGAAGAACAAAGCAAUUCUGAAGAGGAGAGAAAAAAUGUCGAAUGAAUAGGCACGAGUCUUUUAUUAGAAGAUGCAUGAGACUGUUGGUGAUGGGAAAAAAACUUUCCAAGAUUUGUCAAAUUUGAAAUUGAUAAUGUCACUUCAUUCAAACCUGAACCUCCUAAGUUCAAACAGAAAAGAGUUAUGGAAGGAUUGCAAUUGCAAGGCCUUAGUGUGACAAAGAAGUCUUGGAGACUAAGCAACGAGCAGCAUAAAUUUCUCGGAGAAAUGGCGAACAAUUUCUGCUACAAAGGCUCUUAAGUGAGGUGCAUCAUAUACUUCAUACUUCAAGCUUCUCAAGAGAUAGAACUGAUGAAUCAACAUUGGACAAGCUUUCAUAAAGGCUUAGUUCUACAAGUUUAAGAUUUGGGGCACAGGACAAAGUUUGACACUCUUUUAGGCUUGUUGAUUAUGUAACAAAAUGUAAAUGACAGAAACAGACUGAACAAGUUAGUAUUAUGCAUAUAUAUGAGUUAGUUAAAUCAAUGUAGUUUUAAACAGA